AAAACAGAGAAGCCUGGUAUUUAUUGAAAGAAAAGUAACAAAAAAUACUACCAGAGAAGCUUUGGAGUUCCAAAGCAAGUGAAUAACUACUUUCAGAACUUAAACAGCUUAGAACUGAUAACAAUUAUAAUCACCUGGUGAAGAUGAUAUUUACCAAAUAUAAUCACUUUUUCAGAUGACUCAGUUCCCUGAAUGAACUUGGUAUGUGUCUGCACAAGCAUUAGGGUGGGCAUAAGCAAGGGGUGGAAAUCUCUGGAGAGACCACAGGACCUCAUUUUAAGGAUUUGAAUGUUGUAGUCUCGCAAAAAUGGAAUGGGUAACAGUCUUCCUCCUAGCUGAACAGAAACAUGUUUAAGGUAGCAACAGGAACAGGAAAGAGACUAGUGUCAGAAAACAACAGUAUCGGGAACCUCCAUUAAUUCCUAUCUCACUAUUCUCUCCUGUUGUAGCCUUUCACAUUAAGUUAUGACCAGUGAUGCUGCUCAGAGCAAGAGUUCAGUGAAUGCAUGUGAAAUAAGAAAUGGAGAAUAGGUCUGGUUUAGGAAAUACAAAUUAAAAUAUCCUUGUGUUCUCUUUUCAUUUAGAAAGGGAAAGCUGGAAAAAAUCCUCUACAGUAAUUUAAGCAGAGAACUAUAUAAUUUAAAAGGAGGAAAUCAAAGAGUUAUUUGUUUGCCAGUGGCAUGUAAGUGUUUAGUAUGACCUGAAACAAUCCCUCCAUUUCUUUUGAAAGAGGUGUGCUUCAUGACUGUGGUGAGUAAGUGAAUGCAGGGUAAACGGAGCCCUAAGGGCAAGUGUGACCAGAGCAGGGGGAAAAAAACAAACUUAUUUGUGGUGCCUCUGCUGUGGUAACUUCCUGGAACACUGUUAUACUGAAAAUAGUUCUUGGUUCAUAGUUCUGACUCCUUUCUCAAGCUUGAAGAGACAUUCUACUUCUCUUUUCUAAUUGCUCUUCCUCGGUGAGAAUGGCAAGGAUUCGGAUUCCUAGCACAGUCGUUAUACUUUUUGUUACAGUUCAGACUGGAUUCUUACUCUUCAUGUACGCCCGGUACAGCAGCUUCAUGCCUCAGGCUGAGGAGAAACCAUCACAAGUCCACAUCCUCAUUCUCUCCUCCUGGCGGUCGGGAUCUUCCUUUGUCGGGCAGCUUUUCAGCCAACACCCCAAUGUCUUCUACCUGAUGGAGCCUGCGUGGCACGUGUGGGUGACAAUGUCUCAGAACAGUGCCAAAGUCUUACACAUGGCAGUGCGGGACUUAGUCCGGUCGGUCUUCCUGUGUGACAUGUCUGUGUUUGAUGCUUACAUGCCUUGGAAAAGAAACUUAUCCGAUCUUUUCCAGUGGGCAACGAGUCGGGCUCUGUGCUCAACUCCUGCUUGUGACUCUUUUCAACGCACUGACAUCACCAGUGAAAUGGCCUGCAAGACUCUUUGUGGACGGUAUCCGUUCAGCAAGGUGGAGGAAGCCUGUAAAACUUACAGCCAUGUUGUCAUCAAGGAAGUUCGAUUCUUUGACUUGAAGGUCCUCUACCCUCUUCUCACUGACCCAUCCCUGAAUCUCAAAAUUAUUCACCUGGUCCGUGACCCCAGGGCAGUCGUUAAGUCACGAGAACAAUCUGUGAAAGCAUUAGCCCGUGACAAUGGAAUUGUCUUGAGUACCAAUGGCACUAAAGUGGAAGACAGCAAAUACAAAGUCAUGCAAGAGAUUUGUAGAAGUCAUGUUCAGAUUUAUGAAACGGCUACUCUAAAACCACCUAAUUUCCUUAAAAAUCGCUAUUUAAUGAUCCGUUUUGAAGAUCUGGUGAGAGAUCCAUUGUCAGAAAUCUCAGAAAUGUACAAAUUUGCGGAUCUUAAUUUGACCCCCAGGCUCAAAAGCUGGAUCUAUAAUAUCACACAUGGACAGGGACCGGGGAAAAAAAAAGAAGCCUUCAAAAUCACGUCUCGAGAUGCACUUAGUGUUUCACAGGCCUGGAGAAAUGUUCUUCCCUUUCAGAAAGUUAAGAAAGUACAGGAAGUUUGCAAAGGUGCUAUAAACAUGCUUGGCUAUCAGCUGGUGGAUUCCGAAAAAGAACAAAGAGAUCUGACGUUGGAUUUAGUGUUGCCAAGACGACAAAAUCAAUUCAGUUGGUUAUCAUUUAAUCCAAAGCACUGAAACAUUAUUUUUGAGAAAUUGGGGGGGGAGGGGGAAGUGGGGUAGAUGUUUGAGUGUUUCUCUACUGCUCAGCAUAUAGUGAUUGGAAAAUCCUUGGCUGUUGACUUUAAGUAUCUUUCUGUCUACUAUUUUUCCGUUAAUGGAAGGAGUUUUUUUUCCUGAGGUUCUUACACCUCUAAAACAAAAAAAGGCAAGAUAAUUGUCAGAUUGUAAAUAUACAACUGAGCUGUGCUGUUCACAGCAUUGUUUUAAAGUACUAUAAUUUAAGUACUUUCUGUCACAAGAGGAAUUCUCAAAGAUGUCUUUUCGAUAAUAGUUCACUCCUGUUUUCAUGUUUUAUAUAUUUAAGAAUCACAGUUUAUUUGUAUAAAUGGAAUGAAGUAGAUACUAAAUUCCUUCAUUUGACUUUUUUCUUUCCUUUAAA